AUGUCUGGCGCUCAAAUGCAGCUCGAGGACUGGUUGGAUGACCUCUGCGUCCGCUUCAUAAUAAACCUGCCCCAGGAGGACCUUUCGUCCGUGCCGAGAAUAUGUUUUCAGGUGGAGGAAGCCCAGUGGUUCUACGAAGAUUUCAUCCGCCCCUUAAACCCGACGCUGCCUUCCAUGUCCCUCCGGACGUUUUGCCUACGGAUAUUCCAGCACUGCCCGCUGCUCACCACCUUCCCCGUCGGCGCUCACAUUCAAGCUUUUGAAGAGUUUUGCAGUACAAGACCCGUAUCCCGUUUUCCCCGAGGCAAGAUCAACAAGGACGAGGAUGAUCUCGACUGCGCCAUCCGCGAGGUAUACGAGGAGACGGGGUUCGAUAUCCGCGAGGCGGGUCUGGUUGCGUCGCAAAAGGAGACCAAGUUUAUUGAGGUGACGAUGCGCGAUCAGCAGAUCCGCCUUUACGUCUUCAGGGACGUCCCCAUGGACACCCAGUUCCAGCCUCGGACCAGGAAGGAGAUUAGCAAGAUCCAGUGGUAUAAGCUAUCGGACCUCCCCGCCUUUCGGAAGAAGGGCCACGGAAGCCACACCGACGCGGGAAAUGCCGCGAACAACGCCAACAAAUUCUACAUGGUGGCGCCGUUCCUCGUCCCCUUGAAGAAGUGGAUCGUCCAGCAGCAAAAGAGCGGCCACCGGGCUCGCAAUGACGCCUACACCAUCCCCGAUUCCGUGCCCGAAGAGACGGCGACCGAAGACGAUACUUGGGCGCAGCCGCACGACGCCCAUCGCGGACCCGACCUCGAUGCCCUCGCGGGCGCCACCCGCGAGCUGCAAAGGCUGCUAAAGAUGCAGCCACCUACGCAGGGACUGCAGCGGGCGCCGAGCCAGCCAUCCCCGAACAAGACAAGGGCGGCGCCCUCCUCGCCCUUCUCCACCACGCAGCCCUCACCACCACCCGGCCCAGCACCCUCCCCUCGCGAGCCAGGAAUACCCUCCCCGGUGUUCAGCUUGCACCAGCAGGCCCCGACACACUGGGGCGGGACCCCGGAUCAAUACGCGAAUGCGCACCCGGGGAGCUACCCACCAGUACAAUACGGCGAACAGCAGCCGAACUACCUGCCGCCCCAGCCCCAGCCUCAGCCUCAGCCGCAACCUCCGCUCGUCCAUCCGCAGCCCCUCCCUCCCCAUGUGCAGAAGACUGGUGUGCUGAACUACACGACCCCGUCGCCCAAUACCCGAUUAAACGGGCCAAUGCGGCAAGGCCAGCACUACGGCGCACCCCAGCAGCCACAGUACCCCGGCUACCCGACGGCGAUCCUCAAGCCUCAGGGCGGUCCUCUGACCGAUCACUCCAAAGCUCUACUCAGCGCUUUCAAAACGCAGACCAGCGCUUCGCACGAUGCCCACGCCCACGUGCCCGAUGGCCACAACGCACCGCCGUAUCCCAGUUCCGAUAACGAAAUGGCCAGGGCACCCGACGGCUAUAACAUUGCGCAGCCAUACCAAGCCGCGCCAGUGCAGCAGCAGAUACCUGCGUCCAUGUACUCGUCGCACCAAUCCGCCCCCAGCACUUCUUCCCGGCCUCCAGGCCAAGGCACCGAAAAGCACCGCUCGGCGCUUCUCGACAUGUUCAAGCGCGCGGAUCCAAACGCCUCGCCUCGGUCUGCCAACUUUGGCCGCCCCGCCUCCGGCUCCGGCUCCGGCUCCAAUAGCAAGCCGGGCUCUAUCGACCAGCCCGGCAGCCCCGGCUCGAAGCCAUACCAUUCCCCUCGCGCCCGCGUCCACGAACACGCGGCCCCGCGCGUCCCCAGCAGCGGCUCCUCGCAGCCCCUCAUGCAGCUCCUGCGUCGGCAGGAGCAGCCGUCGCCGAAAACGCAGCAGCCCAUCCCCGCCCCUUCGUACUCGGCCUACUACGACCCCGCGAAAGCGGUCCCUGCCGGCUUGUCGAGCCCGCCGGCGCCGACCACCUUCCCCGCCCCCCGUCGGCGCUGGCAAGCGCCCUCGAUGGACUACCGCGCCGGGUCGAUGGCCUCGGGCGCGGGUUUCGCCGCCUCGGCGGCGUCCAACAUGCACGAGUCCGAUUCGCGACGGGGUAGCCAGACGCCCAUCUCGCCCGCUGACCGGAGCUUCUUGCUGGGGUAUCUGCAGUCCGCCACUCAUCAGGCGGGCCAUUAG